CGAACGCAGCCUCAAAAUAUCGGGCCAUUGCCGGCGACCAUCGAGGGAGGUCCAAGUCUAAUUUUAAAAUUUAAACGGGGUGAGCUCAUCGGCGUCUGCUCAAAAGACUAUAUUGUGAAGUAGCCCCUAUCACUCACCGCCUUCUCCUAACUCCUAAACCCCAAACCGAGGCCCUUCUCUCUCUCUUCUUGUCCUCCGCCAUGUUUUCCCCCGAAGUCGUCGUCAAGAACCGGUGGCUAGGGUUCCUUAUCUGGCAGUCCAUCGCCUCCACCGCCCUCUACCUGUCCACCUCCCUCCUCCUCCUCCGCCGGCCCUCCCCCCUCGCCAUCCUCUCCUUUCUCGCCUUCCACCUCUCCCUCCUCCUCCUCUCCCUCUCCCUCUUCCUCCUUUCCUCUCCCCACCCCGACCCCUCGGCCUCCCUCCCCGAGCUCGCCGCCUUCCUCCUCCGAGUUUCCCUCCGCUCCCUCGUCGGCGGUUUCUCCCACUCCUCCUCCAGCCCCGACGCCCACCGCCGCGCCAGGAGGGCCCUGGCAUCGGCGCUGUUCUUGGUGAUUUGCGCCGUCUCAGGGUUUCUCUCGGUGGCGGCGGCAUGCGGGGAAUCGGAGCUACUGUAUGGAUCGAGGCUUGUCGGGUUGGGCCUGAGAGGGUCGGUCUUUGGAUUGGUUUAUGGUCUGCAUUAUGUUUUCAGGAAAAGGUGGAUCCUCCAGUUUCCGAUAAUUCAGCGACCUCUUUUCUACAGCUUCAAAAUGGGGAUUUCAUCGUCGUUGAAACGAGCUCUAAAGGUGUCAACUCAGGCAUUCUUCUGUUCAAGCCUGUUGAUGCUGUUUUUGCCAGAUCAGUUUAAGUACAAAAGCACAAUAGGAAAAUAUAUUAUCCAGCAGAUUAAAUUUUACAUUGGGGCAUUUACUAUUUCUUUCUGCUGGGAAAUAAGUCACCACUUGCUCCAGGUGGUACAUACAAGGAGGUGCAUAUUCGCACCAGCACAGGGAUCAGCUGCUGCGGAAACAAACCCAAGUGACACUCUUCUUGAAACUUUGGAGCAAAGCAGUCCAAGAUCGCUUUUGCAAUAUCUUGCAUAUCUUGAUUUAUGCAUGGUUGCAGAGAGCAAUGUUGAGCCUUGGCGUCGAGCUGCUGUUUUUGAAGAAACUGGUGAAACCUAUAGAAGAGUUGUGAAUAUGUGCUUGAAGCCUCUUGAACAGCUAACAUCAAGGAUUGCUGAGGGUUUGGAAACUUUUCCUGUGGACAAAUCAGAUUUCUUGUCCCAGCAAUUAAAUUCACCCACAACUAUUCAAGGGGACUCAAGGCUUAAUGAAGCUUUUGAUGACUCCCAGCUAUGCACGUGGUGUGCGAGGACGCUGGCAGCAUUGACUGCACGAUCCCACUGGGAGGAUAGAUAUGGGGUCGCUCAGCUCACAGGUUGCAACAGUGCUGUGGUCUCAACAUUGUUGUCUUGCCUGCUGGCUGUUGAGGCUUGUCUAGGGAAGAAGACCAACCCACAGCCUGUACACCUGAUGGGUCCUGCAAGCAUCAGAUGGGCUACAGUCAACACAGGCAGAAAAGAUGGAGUGACUGCAAUGACAAGCAAAAAGAGAGGUGCUGGGCUGCAUGCUAAAGCUUAUACCAUGGCUGAUGUCCUGAGAACAUCAGUUUAUCAAAUAAUUUCUGCUUUCCAAGCUGAUAUGCAGGCAAAUGCAAAAGCUUCGGUCUUGGAGAAGAAUUGGAUUGGUGAGGGAAAGCCUCUAUACGGUACCCGUGAGAUCCUCCUACAGAAGCUGGGUCUGUUUCUGGACUUCCGUGCUGUCUGAGUUUUUCUGUUUAUCCACCCUGUAUUUGUGCCUUCAGAAAGUUGAAGUGGUUUGGCGGAGAAGGUUUAUUGCUGAGGUAUAGGAACUUUUCUCUCUGUAUCAUGGGGACAGCUUGUUGUAAUGGGGUUUUGUUCAAGUAUUGGUGGCUUGCAUUGAUGGUGACUGUAAAUGGAGAAGAGCAUUCUACUGUGGAGAACUUUGGAGGGUUCAAUUUUCUGUGAUAGGCCUGGUAUUUUAAAUUUUUACUAUAAGGUGAAUGCUUUCGAGUUAUCAGCAUUUCUAGUAGCACCGUUUUGCAACCUUGAGAUAUAAUUCCUUAUAUCCCAUUUUUUUCUUUUUGAUUUUUU